AUGGCCGUGAUAGUCACGCUGAGUAUCCAAUCUAACUCUCAUCUAGACCCAGCCUGUGGCACAUGCCGCAAAAAGUGUCGCAAAUGCGACCGCAAGCGCCCCAUCUGCGAUAGAUGCCGCACCAAGGGCCUGCACUGCGAGGGAUAUCCUCCGCGCUUUCAGUUCUGCGAGAUGAUGACUGUCCCCUUGGCCCGCCGGGGCUCAUCGAGCACGAGAAGAGAUAGCGUAGCUCUAUCCUCCACUCCCUCGUUCCCCAUCUCGGGCGAGUCCCCCUCUGGCUCGUCGUCGGCUGCCGUGCAAGAGGCCGUCACCACAAGGUCGGUGACGGACUCGGCUUCUCCGCAGGCUUCUCUAUCUCCAGACCAAGGACUUCCAGACUCUACCAUCCUCAGCUUGCCGUCUCCGGCGUCUGUGUCACAUUCUCCGUUUACGCCGGUUCACAUCGACUCCACCUCGCCCCUCAUCGGGACCCCCGACCUCAGCCAGGACAUCAUCUCGAACCGUCCUCUCAUUGACUACUUCGAUCAGAUACUCAGUGAGUAUCUCACCAUCCAUAUCCAGGGUACCGACAAUCCUUUUAGGAUACACGUCCUGCCUCUGGCGUACCAGCAUCAAGGUGUUCUUCACGCCCUAUUGGGUCUGACAACGUGCCACAUGCACAUCUCGGGCAAGAACAGCAGCCAGCACUUUGUCGCCAUCUCGCUUCAGUACCGAGUAUCGGCGCUGCACUCGCUCGGGGCAUUGCUUCUCCAGGAAGAAGUAUCAGCCCUCAGCGUCUCCGAGGAGGAGUAUGUACUAUGCAUGGCCCUACUGCUGGUCCUGCAUGACGUCUGCGAGACUGGCGUUUCUUCCCAUGGAGCUCACCUAACCGGCGUCUCAUUCCUGUGCAAGAGAUUGGCCUGUCCUACCGACUUCUCCACACGAUCUAAAGCUAGCAUGUUCUUCAUAUCAGCCUUGGCAUGGCUCGACAUGCUGCGGGGCUUCAGCGGCGCCGAGAAGCUCUCCUACUCGGAGGACGUACGUCGCUGCGUGCGCGAUCACGGAAGCCUCAGCCUCCACACCCUCGUCGGCUGUCCCCCUGUCAUCUUCCACCGGAUCGGCCAGGUACUGGAGGCGGGCAAGGCUUUCCGCGCGGGGGACCUGCCGAUAGAUCAGUUCCAGGCGAUGCUAGACGAGGCCGAAAAGUUCUUUCGCGGUUGGGACCCCGAUCAGGCAGUCUACCCCACGGGACACCAGGAAUGGAAGCAUCUCGCAGAGGCGUACAGACAUUCUUGUCUGCUUCGAGUGCUUCGAUUCCCGGAUCCAUUUGCCAUGUCAUGCGAAGACAUUCGGAUCAAGGCAUCAGUGGCAGCCAUUUUCGAUGUCUGCGCGGCAAUGCCUCGAGACACAGUCUUUUACAAACGACUACUGUUCCCUCUAUUUCUAGCUGGAGCCGAUACGUCUUCUCCGCAUCAGAUGCACUACGCCAGCUGGUGUGUAGGCGAGAUCAAGCACGCGACAGGCUUCCAGCAUCCAGCCAUGACCGAGAUGCUCACCAAGGUCUGGGAAGAGAGGAGGACAAACCCCCACGGCUGGUCCAACGUUCCAUGGAUGGAAUUCACAUGCUCAGAGCUUCUCCGCGACCAACACGCUUAUCUCUUCUUCUAA